GGCUGAUGCUGGCUUUGAUCGGGACGGUGAGUCAAUUAAUCAUCUUGACGGACGGCACUUUGCUCCCGCGGUUCUUAGGAAAAGCUUGAUGGACGCCACAGCCGUUGAAGAUGCGCGCUUUUGUUGAAUUUUGUAUGGAUCAUCUCGCAAGUUCCGAUAUACCCGCCAGGCGGAUCGGAAAACAAUUAACCAUCGAAUACACUCCAAUUUUGAGUACGUAUGGGUAUCAAGAGUGAGAUAUGUCGUCGUUCAUUCAUGAGAUGGAUGCAAAGUCUCCAAUUUAUAGGGGGCGCUGGAGAUAUAAGUAUCAUCUCAAUCCUCAGUAUCAAACUCUUCUCUUUCCUUCAUUAUCAUCAUCAUAUAAUCAUCACCUUCUGACAGCUUUGCAAUAAACUUGAAAAACUUACUUCCAAUAAUAAUAAACAUUACACAUCUUCCUAUCUAUUGUUUGACUCCUAUUUAUUAGUCGACUCAUUAUACAUUAUCAUAUAAACAUGGGCUCCAUUCAAAGACAAACUCCAGCUUACGGACAGCGUUUACUACCAACUUUGAUUGACGAAAAGGCUGUUGGCGAGCCUAAUAACAUCAUAUAUUCUUAUGCAAAAACCACCAAAGCUGUAGAUGGAUUCGUCGAAGUAUCACACAAGCGCUUCGCCAAUUCGAUUAACAGAGCUGCUUGGUGGAUUGAAAAAUUGCUUGGAAAGGGCGAGAACUUCCCAUCCGUAGGAUAUGUUGGUCCAGGGGAUCUGAGAUACCAAAUCCUCACCUUGGCACUCGUCAAAGCGGGCUACAAGAUCCUUCUCAACUCCCCCAGAAACAGUAUCGAAGGACAUCUCAAUGUCAUAAAACAAGCCGAGUGUAAUAUCUGGUUGCUGCCCAGCACCAGCACUGGCAACAUCCGCGAAGUCCUUAAGGUUCAUCCCAUGACUGUUCUCGACUGUCCAGAACUCGACUUCUUCCUCGACGAAACACCUGUUCCACAUUAUGCCUACAAUAAAACAUGGGCGGAGGCAUCUCAAGAGCCUACUCUUGUCUUGCACACAUCUGGGUCAACCGGUCUUCCUAAACCUAUUGUGGUUCGACACGCUUUAGGUGCCGUUAUGGACGCACAAAAAUUAGUGAAAUGCGACAAUGGAGAAGUCCUCCACUCGAAUAUGUGGAAAGGAGCUAAAUCCUUUUCAAGUUUCCCACCCUUCCAUGCUGCCGGCGUUUAUUUAAAUCUUUUCAGCGCAUGUUAUUAUGAAAUUCAAAUUGUGUUGGCAUCACCAUCAGUCCCAGUAACUUCCAAUUUGGUGGACGAUAUGAUUGAGAAUGCUGGCAUUGAUUCUUUGAUGCUGGCUCCAUCGACAGUCGAAGAACUUGCAUUCUCUUCCUCGAGUUUAGAGUUAAUUCAAGAGAAAAAUAUCAAGUUCGUUUGCUUUGGCGGAGGACCAGUUGGACAAAAGGCUGGAGACAUUAUUACCAAGAUCACAAUUCUUCAGAAUAUGAUCGGAAGCACAGAAGCUAGCCUUUUCGCACUCAUCUGGACAGGAAGAGAGAACUGGAGAUACUUCAAAUUUCACACCGACAAUGGUAUCAGAUUUGAUGACAGAGGUGACGGUCUCCAUGAAAUGCUUGUGGUCCGAGAUCCAAAAUUGGAAAAGGUACAAGGAAUGUUUCAUACAUUCCCCGAGCUCAAUGAAAUCUCUACAAAUGAUUUAUAUUCCAAACACCCUACAGAACCAGACAUGUGGCUCUACCGGGGCAGAGCAGAUGAUAUCAUUGUGUUCUCCAACGGCGAGAAGCUAAACCCCGUUACAAUGGAACAGACUAUCAACGAACACGAACUAGUCCGCUCAGCAAUCAUUGUUGGCCAAGCUCGCUUCCAACCUGCCGUAAUGAUCGAGUUGAAUGACCCGGUAGAGGUAACUGAAAAUAACAAAAAGGAUUUGAUUUCUCGUAUCCAACCUUCCAUCGAUGCUGCAAACAAAGGCUCGCCAUCCCACGGCCAUAUCAAAGACGGCUUUGUGAUGUUUGCUAAACCCGAAAAGCCAUUCUUGCGCGCUGGAAAGGGCACUGUUCAACGUGCAGCAACAAUCAAACUUUACGAACCGGAAAUUGAAGAGCUCUUCGCCAACACGGAAGAUGGUGAGGAUAACAGCCUCGAUACUAGUUCUUUAGAAUCAUUAACUUCUACAUUGAAGGAUUUGGUUGCUAAGAUUGCUAGCGUUGAUGAGGUCAGUGUCGACGAGGAUGUGUUUGCAAAUGGAUCAUUUGAUUCUUUACUCGUUUUUACUCUUUUGAGACAAUUGCGAUCGGCCUUAAAGAAGGACAAUAUCGAGACUGAGAAGUUACAAGCUAGCACCAUCUACAAGAACCCAACCGUCAAAUCUCUCGCAUCAGUUGUCUUCAAACUUGCUCAUCCAUUGGAGAACCAAGAAGAUUCUACCAAGACCGACUUCGAUGAGAGGCAAGCAAUGUUUGAGAAAUACGCCAAGGACUUACCAACAAAGACUUUCGGUACCGCUGCUCACGGUUCAAAUGCUAAGAUUUCCGUGAUCUUGACAGGAAGUACCGGAUCGAUGGGUAGUUACAUGCUCGAUGAUUUGGUCGCCUUACCGCACAUCUCCCGAGUCUACGCGCUCAACCGAGCCGUCAAUGGCGAGGAGAGACAAAGAGGAGCCAGCUCAAGCCAUGGUCUCGACACCGAUUUUAGCAAAGUUACAUUCUUCAAGACAGACAUGUCGCAGCCACGUUUUGGACUUGACCAGGAAUCAUACGAUGAGUUGUUGAACAAUGCCACUCAUGUCAUUCAUAACCAAUGGCAAGUGGAUUUUAACUUGAGUCUUGCAUCUUUCGAACCGCAUAUCCGAGGUGUACGAAACCUCAUUGAUUUCGCGGCACAAAGCAAGAACAACGCUAUUGUAUCCUUUAUUUCUUCGAUCGGUGUUACGCAGGGAAAGAAUUGGGAGAAGCCUGUUCCAGAAUUGAUCAUUGAUGAUUGGAAUGCAGCAGCCAUGGGAUACGGUUCAUCGAAACUUAUCUCCGAGGUACUUUUGGCAGAAGCUAAUAAAGUUGGUGGUGUGCGCACGCAAAUACUUCGUGUGGGACAGGUAUCUGGACCUGUGAGAAAGGAGAAGGGAAGAUGGAAUAUCCAGGAAUGGUUCCCUACCAUCGUCUCAACAUCCCAAUACAUGAAAGCCGUUCCAGAGACCAUCGCAGCAAUGAACCGUAUCGACUGGGUCCCAGUCGACAUCCUCUCCAACAUAAUCCUCGAUCUUGCCGACCUCUCCAAACCCUCAUCCGCCCCCGCUUCCUCCAUCCAAACCCCCUUCUACCACCUCGUAAACCCCACCUCAAUAACCUGGUCCACCAUCUCUCCCAUCCUUACCGCCCAAAUCGGCGCAGACUGCAAAAUCGUCUCCUGGGACGAAUGGGUGGCCCUCCUCCGCGAAUCCGCCGAGCGCGGUGAAAUCGCUCAGAACCGGGGUAUCAAACUCUUGGAAUUCUACGAGGCAUUGGGAAUGGGAGCUCCACUUGCCCUUAUGGAGACCGAGAAGACGAUUCAAAAGAGUGAGACUUUGAGAAAUACGGAGCCGGUUAAUGGAAGCUGGAUGGAGUUGUGGAUGAGACAGUGGGCUGCUUGAUUGUUUGGUAUGAUAUGAUGUUUUGCGUGAGGAGUUUGGAAAUUAGGGGAAAACAGCGAAUGAUAGAUUUCUGUUAUGUAUUUCGUUUGGGUAUCGUGGUGGCUCAUGUAUAGUUGGAGCUGUUUGUUCUGGGGUGGAGUUAUUUUAUGCAGUAGAUUAGCCUUGUAUUUCUUUAGAAAUUUAUGACACUGGUCAAAACA